UCAUACAAGUUAAGUUCCUCAACAGUGAUAAAAUGGUGAGCUUAUUUUACCAACUUCUGCUAAUAGCAAUGACAGCAUUUGCAUUGCCACUGCUCUCUUCUUCAUCAUCCAAUACAAAGCAUUUUCACUUCAAUGUGGAGUGGAAGAGUGUAACACGACUUUGCCACAGAAAGGCAGUUCUGACAGUGAAUGGGGAGUAUCCAGGGCCAACCAUUGCUGUCCAUGAAGGUGAUCAUGUCCGAGUUCUCGUCACCAACAGAGUCGCCACAAACACUACCAUCCAUUGGCAUGGGGUGAGGCAGGAAAGAACAGGUUGGGCGGAUGGACCCGCAUACAUAACCCAAUGCCCAAUUGGAGCAGGCAAGACCUACACCUACAACUUCAGUGUUGCGAAUCAGAGGGGUACUCUUUGGUGGCAUGCUCAUUUCUCUUGGCAACGUGCUUCUGUCUAUGGCGCUUUCAUCAUUUACCCUCGCACGCCUUUUCCAUUCUCAGCCCCACUUCAAGCUCAUAUUCCCCUCAUCUUUGGAGAAUGGUGGAAUGGAGAUGUUGAAGUAGUAGAAAAGGAAAUGAUGUUGCAUGGUGGUGGACCUAACACUUCAGAUGCUUAUACCAUUAAUGGCUUACCAGGCCCCUUAUACCCUUGUUCCACCAAAGAUACUUUCAUCCAAACCGUCGAACCGGGCAAAACCUACCUGCUACGGCUCAUCAACGCAGCCUUAAACGAUGAACUCUUCUUCGCCGUAGCAAACCACAGUUUAACCGUGGUCGAAAUAGAUGCUGCUUACACCAAGCCCUUCACGUCACCAGCCAUCAUGAUUGCCCCCGGACAGACCACCACCGUCUUGCUAACUGCUGAUCAGGCCCCUGUCCCUGGUGAUGAUUCCAAAUCCAUGUUUGUUAUGGCAGCCAGGCCUUAUCUAACUUCAGUUUUCCCGUUCAACAAUUCCACCACAGUUGGCUUCUUCAAGUACCAAACAAGCACCGAAAUCCAAGAAAAUAGUGCGAUACCACCACCUUUCAUUUUGCCUAAUAAUCUCCCUGCAUUAGGAGACACCCCAUUCGCCACUCAGUUCUUGGGCAGUCUCAGGAGCCUUGCCUCCGACGACUACCCUUGCAACGUGCCUAAGACGAUCGACAAACGGAUUGUGACAACGGUUAGUCUAAACCUUCAAGACUGCCCUCUCAAUCAGACUUGUAAAGGGUACCUAAACAAGAGAUUCUACGCUUCAAUGAACAACCAAUCGUUCGUUCGCCCUUCUACGUCGAUACUUGAGUCCCAUUACCGCAAUCUCAGCACUGGAUUUUCCACAGACUUCCCCGACAAUCCACCCUAUGUUUUCAACUACACCGGCGUCAACCCGGUGACAGAAAACAUGAGCGCCGAGUUUGGCACCAAACUGUUCCGAGUUCCGUUCGGCACGAAACUUGAGAUUGUGCUACAAGAUACCAACUUCUUGAACCCCGAAAACCAUCCAGUCCAUGUGCAUGGACACAAUUUCUUCAUUGUGGGAAGAGGGUUUGGCAACUUUGACGUGGAAAAGGAUCCAAAGGGCUACAAUUUGGUUGAUCCGCCGGAGAGAAACACGGUGGCGGUUCCGAUGGGGGGAUGGGCGGCUAUACGGCUGAUUGCGGAUAAUCCCGGCGUGUGGUUCGUGCAUUGCCAUCUUGAGGAACAUACCUCGUGGGGUUUGGCUUUGGGAUUCAUUGUGGAAAAUGGGAAGGAGCCAUCACAGUGGCUGCUGCCUCCUCCAAGUGAUCUACCUCCUUGUUGAGAUUUUUGAUAUACUUACUUAGCCGUACUUUGCAAAUCACAUUUGUUGACUUUAGUUUUGAAUUUUUGAUAGAUUCAUUUGUGAGAUUUUCUCAUUUGAUUUGUAAUUUGUAAUUUCUGUAGUGAUAGUCCUUUG